UAUUAUAUUACCCUCAUUGAAAUUUGAGAUUGAGAUGUUGCGCCUGCUAACUCGUCCUCUUUAUCUCUCCGUCACUCCUUCAUCAUCCCUGCGUUUCAAACAGGGUCUUGCACUCAGCUCAAGAAAAAUGGCAACCUUUAGCACCCCAGACUUCAACAAAGUCCUGUAUGCACCUCUGGCAGAGAUCGAUCCUCAAAUCCAGAACAUCAUCGACAAGGAAACUUGGAGGCAGUUUUCCGGACUCGAGCUUAUCGCGUCUGAGAACUUGACGAGUCGCGCCACUCUCGAGGCAAAUGGCUCAAUAUUGACCAACAAGUACUCAGAGGGUCUUCCAAAUGCCCGGUACUAUGGUGGCAAUGAAUACAUUGACGAGCUUGAGAUUCUUUGUCGCAAGCGGGCCCUUGAAGCGUUCAACCUCGACCCUGCAAAAUGGGGUGUGAACGUCCAGCCUUAUUCUGGCUCUGUGACCUUAACCGCUCUCAUUCAGCCUCAGGACCGCUUGAUGGGUCUUGGUCUCCCAGAUGGUGGACAUCUCACACACGGUUACUAUGUGACAACACAACUUAUCGACUAUGCAGGCCUUGAGCGUCAGGCAAAAGAUUUUCAAGCCCAGACUAAUCAUUUGCGGUGCCUCUGCUUAUCCCCGCGAUUGGGAUUAUGCUGCUUUGAGAAGACUGCAGAUGCAGAGGGUGCAUACCUCAUGGCUGAUAUCGCACACACCAGUGGUCUUGUCGCAGCACAAACACUAAAUAACCCUUUCGAAUACUGUGACAUCGUUACCACAACGACCCACAAGACCCUCCGCGGUCCUCGCGCUGGCCUAAUCUUUUUCAAAAGAGACGGACCCAACAGCCAAGAUCUUGAGAAGCGCGUUAACGACGCUGUUUUUCCUGCCUGUCAAGGUGGCCCCCACAAUAACACUAUUGCCGCUGUCGCUACUGCCCUUUUGCAGGUAUCCCAGCCUACAUUCAAAGCCUAUGCUAGACAGGUUAUCUCCAAUGCGCAGACACUUGCAGCUGCCCUUCAGGAGCACGGCUACAAACUACAGACCGGCGGUACUGAUAACCACCUUGUUCUGUGGGACCUCCGUCCCCUUGGUUUGACUGGCAGCAAAGUCGAGAAGGUGUGCGACUUGUUGGGCAUCACGAUCAACAAAAACGCAGUAUCUGGCGAUGCAUCUGCCCAAACUCCUGGCGGCAUCCGUCUCGGCACGUCGGCGCUCACGUCCCGCGACAUGACGGAGGAAGACAUCAAGGUCGUCGCUAGCUUCUUGCACCGGGCUGUGCAACUAUCGCUCUUCCUUCAAAAGGAGGCUGGCUCCAAGCUUCUCAAGGACUUCAUCCGCGCCGCAACGGCGAAGGGCUCGGCAGGUGCGGUACAGGUGGAUGAUCUCCGCAGAGACGUCGUUGGGUUCGCACGGAGAUGGCCGCUCCCUGGCGUGGAUGUCAGCACGCUCAAGCGUCCGGCGGGUAUUGAGGAAGACUUUUAGGUGUUGACGCGUGGGGUGUGCUCGAGUUUAUCAAAUGUAAAAAAGAUUCAACGUUCGCUUGUUACAUAGCGUGGGCAUUCAACAUCGUUCACAUCAGGUUGGGCAUUCAACAUAGUCUACAUCUGACAUUGUAUCGAUAGCUACUGCAUAUUAUCAUUAAUGUUAUUCGCAGUUAAACAGUC